GGACCUCGAAGUUGCAGAUCCUCCCCGCCACCGUGUUUGGAUUAAAUCUCGCACCAAGAGUAGAAAACUUGUCACUGAUUACGACAAGGAAAUUGCCGAGAAGAUAGCUCAAUUAGAGGAGAAGCUUAGUCAGGGACAACUUCAGGUCCAGGGCCAAAACGAUAUCCUCACGCAGGCGCUCGGGACACCAGAGCAUCCUGGACGUGUCAGGGCUGCUGGGUUCCUGACCAGGGCAUCUCAACUGUUCGGCAGGAAGAAAAGGGAAGUGUCUGAUGUUGUGGCUCGGCAAGCGAAGGAGAUUGAACAAUUAAAAGCCGAAGUCCAAUCCCUUAAGCAGCAGAGGAACGCUGCCGAACAAGAGGAAGAAGGAGAGGUGGCUGGUGAGGCGUAUGUUCCACAACCAUACGCUCCUCAGGAUGAGGUACAACCACAAAUUUAUGCUGAGGAGUUCAUUUCCCUCAACGACCAAGGUAUCCUAUACAAUUUUGAUGACCAAGCGGCCCUUACUCAGCAAGUACAUCUCUGCUCUGACAACAUCGACAAUAUUGUGGCCCGAGGGUAUUUGUACGAGCAUGUGGGUGUGGUCAAAGUUCACUGCCAGGAUUACGAUGAUUCACAUGCUCGGAUCAUGGUUUCAGAAAUCCUGCAAGAGGACGCUGAAAUCCCAGUCCCACUUGAAGAGUUCAGAUAUGUUAGGGACGUGUACCAGAUGUUCCUUCCUUGGCCUAAACACUUAAUUUUAACAACCGAGGGUCCACUCGCUCAACCGCCCUCAAGACGUGAUGCGUCAAAGGGGAAAGCUCCGAUGCUUUCUCCACAAAGCCGUGGUGCACGGGAAGAUGAGUUGUUCACGGAAGAGAAGAUGGCGUUGAUCCCUAAUUCGCUGAAAUGGAUGAUUCAUGAAUUCCUAAGGCUCAAAGAUAAACGUGAUAUAAUCACAAUUUCUGUCCCCCGAGGAUUCAUUGCACCGCGUACCCAGAUCAUUUUAUCUGGAGAGGAUUUGCAGCAGGUUGCUACGUGUAACUACAUCGGCAACCAGGGAAUGCUGUUUGGAAUGAUGCACAUAUGGGAGAGCAUCAACGGUCUGAGAAAAAUUUUCAAGUUUUACGACCCAGAGCUUCUCACAGUGCAUGGGAUCAGCGAUGAAGAACAGAGUCAGUCUUUUGACGAUGCGGCAAGACGAUUGGCUAAUUGGUUAUCAUUAAUGAACAGCAACCACCAAAUGUUCUUUAUUCCUUGGAAUAUCGGGAUGCAUUGGACGCUAGUGGUGGUUGCGCCAAAGAAAAUUAUCCAUUUAAACCCUCUAAAAGGCCGCCCAAUUCCCGAAGAAAUAGAACAAAUGAUCGGAAGGGCAUUCAUGUAUAUAGGGGACGCACAUCAGUAUCUUGGCCCGUGGCAAGGAAUUGCACAAGCAAACUGUCCAAGACAACCUAAAAGCCAAGAAUGCGGUUUUUAUGUUUUGAAAUAUAUGACUGACAUCGUCGCACGUGCCAACCCCAACCGUUACAUAGAAGAUCAAAAAGCUUUUGGGGGUAAGAAGCAAUACGAUCCAAAAACAGAAAUUUUACCACUACAGCGAAAGUGGAUCGAACAAUUGAUGGCGGUGAUUCACGGUGACGAUUGAGGUUCAAAGGUCGAAGAAUUUUUCUUCAUUAUGUAAUUUUUAUAGAUUAACUUGUAAUUAGAUUUAUUAACUUAUUAAUAUUUUUAACUAAUUUUACAUGUUUGUGUAAUAUUUAAUUAUUUUUAUGAAAUCAAAUUAUGUUUUUACCCAAA